AUGUGGGUCUUGGCUCCUGUGCUGCACUGUUCUCAGCUGCUGCGCCUCUGCUCUUCGCAGUGCGCACCUCUCCCGAGCCUGGAGCCUCGGGCGGCCCGUGUCCGGAGCAUCAUGUCGGACCAAGCUUUUGUGACGCUGGCCACAAAUGACAGCUACGCUAAAGGGGCGCUGGUUCUCGGCCAGUCGUUACGAAACCACAACACAACCAAGAAACUGGUGGUGUUGGUAGGACCUCAUGUCGCAGAGCCUUGCAGAGAAGCACUCGGCUCCCUCUUUGAUGAGGUGUUUGUGGUCAAUUUGAUGGAUUCAGGCGAUGGGGCCCAUCUGGCCCUGAUGAAGCGUCCAGACCUGGGUGUAACGUUCACCAAACUGCACUGCUGGACUCUGACACAAUACAGCAAGUGUGUGUUCAUGGACGCUGACACAAUGGUGCUGUCCAACGUAGAUGAGCUCUUUGAGAGGGAGGAGCUCUCUGCAGCUCCAGAUCCUGGUUGGCCAGACUGCUUCAACUCUGGGGUGUUUGUCUUCAGGCCGUCCAAUGAGACGUAUGAACAGCUCGUCACGUUCUGUGCUGAAAACGGCAGCUUCGAUGGUGGAGAUCAGGGGGUUCUCAACAGUUUCUUUGACACCUGGGCAACCGCAGACAUUUCCAAACAUCUUCCCUUCAUCUACAACCUCAGCAGUAUCGCCAUCUACUCCUACCUUCCAGCUUUUAAACAGUAUGGCCAGAAUGCAAAAGUUGUUCACUUCCUGGGCAAAGUAAAACCAUGGAACUACUCGUACGACGCUCAGAGAGGUGAGGUCAGAGGUCACUCCGUGCCGUCUGCUGAAUGCCAGAUGCACCCUGACUUCCUGCUCCGGUGGUGGCAGCUGUAUGCCAGAUGUGUGCAGCCUGUCCUGCAGAAGGCCUACGGAGACGCCCCCUUCAACAGCGGGUUCAUAGACCCGAGCAGUCAAGAUAAACUUCACGAGGACGUAAUGGAACAGCCGCAGCCCUCACCUCCUCCCCCAUCUCAGAAGAUUUCCUCACAGGAGAGGAAGCAGCGCUGGGAAGCGGGCCAGAUCGACUACAUGGGCGACGAUUCCUUUGUCAACAUCGAGCAAAAACUGAACAUGUUCCUGAAAUAGCAGGGAGUGAGACAGAUGGCAGCUGUAUGAGGG